GGCGGCGCGGGCGGCGGCCGGAGCGGCGGGGAUGAGCGAGGAGGGGGCGGGCGGGGCCCGGCGGAGCGGCGGCGCCUUCCCCAGCCUGGAGCAGAUGGUGGCCGCCAGCCCCGGGAAGACGCCCAUCAGCCUGCUGCAGGAGUAUGGCACGCGCCUAGGACGGACCCCCGGCUACGACCUGCUCAAGGCCGAGGGCCAGGCCCACCAGCCCAACUUCACCUUCCGCGUCACCCUCGGGGACAUCAGCUGCACUGGGCAGGGUCCCAGCAAGAAGGCGGCGAAGCACAAGGCGGCCGAGGUGGCCCUGAGGCUGCUCAGAGGGGGGGGGGCCAUGCUGGAGCCCCUGGAGCAAAGCUCUGCUUUCCCCCCGGAGCCCCCGGCAGAGCCCGGCCCCGCCGCGCCCCCCCCGGCCCCCGCCGCGCCCCCCACCUCGCCCAGGGGCGCCCCCCUGGAGAUGAAGACGCCGGUGUCGCCCCCCCAGGCCGAGUGUAACCCCGUGGGGGCUCUGCAGGAGCUGGUGGUGCAGAAGGGCUGGCGCCUGCCCGAGUACACGGUGACGCAGGAGUCGGGGCCGGCGCACCGCAAGGAGUUCACCAUGACGUGCCGCGUGGAGAGAUUCGUGGAGAUCGGCAGCGGCACCUCCAAGAAACUGGCCAAGCGCAACGCGGCCGCCAAGAUGCUGGUGCGCAUCCACAACGUGCCCAUGGAGCCGCGCGACGGCAGCGAGGCCGAGGGCGAGGAGGACCAGUUCAACAUGACGUGCCCGCGGCUGGAGGGGCUGCGGGGCCGCGCCCCCGGCUGCACUUGGGACUCGCUGCGCAACUCGGCGGGCGAGAAGCUGGGCCAGCUGCGGGGCCGGGGCGGCAACCCCGCGCCGGGGGGAGCCUGCGCCCUCCUGCAGGAGCUCUCGGAGGAGCAGAGCUUCGCCAUCAGCUACCUCGACAUCGACGCGCUGAGCCUCAGCGGGCUGCACCAGUGCCUGGUGGAGCUGUCCACGCAGCCGACCACGGUGUGCCACGGAUCCGCCCCGUCCCGCGACGGCGCCCGCGCCCAGGCGGCCCGCAACGCGCUGCAGUACCUGCGCAUCAUGGCCGGGGGCAAGUGAGCCCCGCCCGGGGGCAGCGAGCCCCGCCCGGGGACAGCGAGCCCCUCCCGGGGGCAGAGAGCCCUUCCCGGGGGCAGCGAGCCCCGCCCGGGGGCACCGAGCCCCGCCCGGGGGCAGCGAGCCCCGCCCGGGGGCAGCGAGCCCCUCCCGGGGCCACCGAGCCCCUCCCGGGGGCAGCGAGCCCCUCCCGGGGCCACCGAGCCCCGCCCGGGGGCAGCGAGCCCCUCCCGGGAGCAGCGAGCCCUUCCCGGGGACAGCGAGCCGCUCCCGGGGGCAAGUGAGCCCCGCCCGGGGCCACUGAAUCCUGCCCGGGGCCACCGAGCUCCUCCCGGGGGCAGCGAGCCCCGCCCGGGACCACCGAAUCCUGCCCGGGGCCACCGAGCUCCUCCCGGGGCCACCGAGCCCCGCCGCUCGCGGCCCCCGCCGCGGGCGGACGGACAGACGGACCUCAGGGAGGGCCCGGGGCGCCCUCCCGCCUGGAGCCGCUCCGGAGGGUCCCCCGGGCCCCCGGAAUAAAGCCGGGGGGGUUUUGUA